AUGGACUCCGUCGAAGUUGUCGUCGUGGCGUCGCCAUUCGCCAAUCUGGCACCCCUCUACGAAGUCGACCCCGACGCCGAUGCGCUCCUCGUCGUAUCGCCCUCAAACCGCCAGACACGCCCCCAACAAGGAGCCAAUGGCACCGCCACAGCCCCGUCCGAGCAAGGACUGCGCAUCAAGGUGUCCUCCAAGCACCUCGCGCUCGCAUCUCGCGUGUUCCGCAACAAGCUGCAGUUCGGCAGCACCAAGCCGGCGCGUCAGGCCGACGGGCGCGUGCACCUCCGCUUAGCCGAAGGCUUUUCGGCCAAGGCCGUCAGCAUCGUCGCCAAUGCGUUGCACGGCCGCGGAUCGAAGGUUCCGAAGGCCGUGGACCUCGACACGCUGGCGCAGAUUGCGCUAUUCGUCGACCGCUUCCAGCUGCUGGAUGCUGUUGAGGUGUAUGCGGACCGGUGGAUCUCGCGGCUGGAGCUCGACGCGCCAGGGACGGUGGCAUCGGCCCCCGUGCCGUGGAUCUAUGUCGGUUAUGUUUUCCGUCGUGCCGACCUAUUCAAGGAGGCAACGAAACACGCUGCCGCGCAAGCGUCGGGGCCGAUUGAGACCGGCGGGCUGCCCAUCAAGGCGAAGAUCAUCCAACACAUCGAAUCCCAGCGCCAGGCCCUCCUCGCCGAAGCCAUCACCAACCUCCACACCACGGUUGAUAACCUCGCAUCCGGCAACGCCUCGUGCAAAUCAGCCACCACCCCCCAAUCCUGCGAUGCUCUCCUCCUCGGCAGCGUCAUCCAGUCACUCCACACCCGCCGUCUCGCCUGGCCACGCCCCGCAGCCCCGUUCACCAACCUCGCAUUUGGCGACGUCGUCCAAGCUGUACGGGAGGGCGUAGCUGGCCACCAUCGGCAGCGACAGGCGGAGCGCGAGAAGGUUAGGGAGGAGGCCGAGCCUUGGUACCUGCGGACGAACGGCGCGGUGAAGGAAGAAAGGAACGGGGACGGCAGCAGCGGAGGAACGGGGCGGGCGAAGAAGGAGGGUGUCGUAAAUGGGGCCGGAGAAGAGGGGACGGGGCUUGGUUUUCCAAUUACGCCAGCAGCGUCGCCGGAGCCGGUGUAUCGGAACGGGGGCGGGCGAUUUGAGGGUCGGGGACAUGUGCGCGUGCAUGCGUGUGAGGUGGACCGGGUCGUGGCUGGGCUAGAGGGUUUGGAGAGGCUUGGAGAUGCGGUCGAGGGGUUGGUGUUGGAAGGGCGGUUGGGUUAUUUGGCAUAUUGA